AUGGUGAACUUUCCUAAAACCCGUCAGACUUUCUGUUAGAAGUAUGGCAGGUACCUCUCCCAGAACAAGAAGGGCAAGGACUCUCUGUGUGCCCAGGGAAAGCAGCAUUAUAACAAGAAGCAGAGUGGCUACGGUGGGCAGACUAAACUGAUUUUCCAGAAGAAGACUAAAAUUACCAAGAAGAUUGCGCUGAGGCUUGAAUGCAUUGAGCCCAACUGCAGGUCUAGGAGAACGCUGGCUCUUAAGAGGUGCAAGCAUCCUGAACUGGGAAAAGAUAAGAAGAGAAAGGACCAAGUGAUCCAGCUCUCAGCUUCGUAUCCUGUUUCAUUCCAAAGACAAUAA